AUCAUCUAGAAAUAAGAACAGAGUUUUAUAGACCAGAGCGUUGAGAUGUGUGCGACCAACUGAAAAACUCAAAAAUGUAUUUCAAAACUCUUAUAUAUCUUUGUAUUUUGGGAAUAUCGACGGCCUGUAGAAGGGAACCAAGUGUGUAUCACUCGAAAGCUGAUAAAUCUGCUGGAGAUAAUGGCGUCCAAAUUAAAAUAAGCGAAAACCCGAAAACUUAUGUGCCAGGAAAACUUUACAUCAUGAACCUCAUGGCGUCAGAUCCUCUGGACCAAUCUCAACGUUUCAAGAAGUUUAUACUGACGGCAGAGGCCGCAGAUGAUGUCGGUAAUUUUUCACCACAAAGGGUGGGUAGCUUCCAACUUUUCAGGGACAGUUUGGCAAGGUUCAAUUUUGAGUGUAUCAACACGCUCAAGGAACUCAACGACAGCGCCAAAACUGAGGUGUUCUUCAUGUGGAACGCGCCACCUCCUGGUUCUGGAUGCGUUACUUUCAAAGCUAUGGUUUUGAGAGAUUCUCUCAGUUGGUUCGCCGAUGAGGGUGGUUUAGUGAAGACAAUUUGUGAGCAAUCUGAAAAGGACAAGGUGGCAGAUCCCGAGGAAUGCUGUGCUUGCGAUGAAGCAACUUAUAGUCUCAUCUUCGAAGGAAUUUGGUCGAACAAAACCCAUCCAAAAGACUACCCUACCCUGUUAUGGCUGACCCACUUCUCCGACGUGAUUGGGGCUUCACACGAGAGGAACUUUUCCUUCUGGGGAGAAGGCCAAAUAGCCUCUGAAGGAUUUAGGAGCUUGGCUGAGUGGGGCUCUGUGAGGUUGAUGGAAACCGAGCUCAGAGCGAAAAGUAAAUACCUGAGGACGAUAAUUAAGGCUGCUGGGCUUUGGUACCCAAGCGUGAACACCAACACAUCGGCCAGGUUCAAAGUGGAUCGAAAGCAUAAUUUGAUUUCUCUAGCUUCGAUGUUUGGACCUACCCCUGAUUGGGUUGUUGGCGUAAAUGGCUUCAAUUUGUGCCUGAAGAAUUGUACGUGGCAGGAGAAUGCUGUCAUAGAUUUAUACCCUUAUGAUGCCGGCACUGACAGUGGUAUCACAUAUAUGUCUCCAAAUGCUGAAACUGUUCCUAGAGAAAGGAUAUACAGGAUUACUACUACAUAUCCUGAAGAUCCUAGAGCUCCCUUCUAUGAUCCUAGCGAAGAUGAAAUACCACCCUUGGCUAAGCUGUAUAUAAAAAGAGUCCAAGUGACACCCAGAAACUGCGAUGAUAAUUUUCUGACUGCGCAGUUAGAUGUCAACGAGAAUUCUGAAGACACUUCCAAAGUCGAAUGCGCAGUUACUGAAUAUUCCGAAUGGAGCAAGUGUUCUGUAAGCUGUGGCAAAGGUUUGAGGAUGAGAUCAAGAACCUACAAAGAUCCUCAGAAAGCUGCUGCGUCUAACUGCAACAGACAAUUAGUCUCGAAGGAGAUGUGUGUAGCAGACAUAGCUGAAUGUCCUAAAGGUGAUAAUAAGGAAGAGGAUCUUUCAAUAGAAGCUCCUUUACCAGAAGACACAAGCGGAGUUUGCGCGGUUUCUGAGUGGGAACAGUGGUCGAGCUGUUCAGUUACUUGCGGUUUGGGAUUCGAAAUGAGAGUGAGGCAUUUCCUCAACAAGAUGGGACGCAAGAAAUGCCUUCACAUCCCCACAGUGGAAAAACGGAAAUGUAUGCGCCCAGCAUGCGUAGGGGGAGCCACCAAAGUUGAGACGGAAGAUUCAGAGUGUCCUACCACAGAAUGGAGCGACUGGAGCCCGUGCAGUACCUCUUGCGGUAAGGGGGUUAGAACAAGGACUAGGCUGUUGUUGGUUGAGCCCAGCUUACACCAGAAGUGUAGUUCUAGGAUUAAGCUGAUGGAAAAUUCUCUAUGUACGGAAGUUCCUGAUUGUACCUUGAGUACGGAUGCUGCAAAAGUUGUGUGCCUCCAAGAAAACGAGGUUGGGGAAUGUCAAGGAAGUUUUAACCGAUGGUACUUCGACAACAGGAAGUUCAUGUGUUUACCUUUCAUUUAUAGCGGAUGCAGAGGCAACAAGAACAAUUUUAUAACCUUGGAAGAUUGCCAUCAAUCCUGUGGCGUAAUUAAAGAUUUCGCAAACGGGCGUUUACCCAACACGAUAAUCUCUGGGGAUGGGAAUAUACCCUCUGCAGCUUUGAAUACGGGUAGUACCAACACAACGAUUGGUUCUAAAGUGGACUGUGUAGUGUCCGCUUGGUCCAGUUGGUCACCUUGCAGCGUCAGUUGCGGUAGAGGGGUGACAGAAAGUGUGAGAACAAUUCUAAAGCAUCCCCAAAACGGAGGAAGGAUUUGUCCGACAAGAUUGAUGAAAAAAAGAAGAUGUGCAGGUCCACCUUGUUUGAGGACAUAAAUACUGCAUUUUACAAUGUUUCCAGUGGUAGCAAAUGUAUUUGUAGUUCAUUCUAUUAUAAGAAUUAUAACUGUAUUGAUAAAUAAAGGAGUGAA